AUGGCUCACUUGCCAAGUCCAAGCACUAUGCUGAUCGAAGCUGACAAUCUUAGAAAAACGCAAGGCCAGGGUAGACCAGCAUCCUCCAUGGGCCAAUAUUUCAGGUCUUUUGCGGAACCACACAUGUUCUCACAGUUUAAGAUGGAUUUGAUUGCAGCUAUCGGCGAGUUUAUGGGCACCUUCGUCUUUUUACUCGUCGGUUUGGGCGGCAUUCAAGCUGGCAAAACAUCCAAUACCGACAAUUCAAUCGCAACUGUCGGAAACAGUUCUGUCCCAAACCUCAACUUAUUGAUGUAUGUAUCCACUUCCAUGGGUCUGAGCUUGCUGUUUUCUUGCUGGAUAUUUUUUCGUGCUACUGGUGCGGCUUUCAAUCCCAACGUAUCUCUUGCCUUGUUGCUGAUACGAAUAAUCAGCCCUGUGAGGUUUGUGCUUUACACAACCGCCCAGCUCUUGGCCUCGAUGGCUGCCUCGGCGGUUCUGCAGGGUCUCUUGCCUGGUCCAUUGGCCGUCUCAACCACUCUCGGUGCCGGGACAAGUCAAGUCCAAGGCUUGUUUAUCGAAGUUUUCAUAACUUGUGGUCUGGUACUUUCGGUUCUAUUCUUGGCGGUUGAAAAACAUAAGGCCACGUUUUUGGCCCCCGUGGGUAUUGGAAUAACUCUUUUUGCAGGUCACUUAUUCGCUCUUGUCUACACUGGAGCUAGUAUGAAUACUGCGAGGUCGUUUGGACCUGCAGUUAUUUCUGGGUUUUCGUCGGAACAUUGGAUCUACUGGAUCGGGCCCACGCUGGGCUCUCUACUUGCGGUGGCCAUUUAUGCCGUAAUGAAGCUGGCUCGAUAUUGGAAGCUGAGCGAAGGGCAAGACACCGACGUUCCGAGCAAGUCACCCAAGCUGUUUACCCAAGCGCCUCCACCAGUGAGCAAAGUUGUACGAGCAGUAGAUCCAGAAAAGGCCGAGGUGGCUCAGCCCAACUCAAGCAAGCCAGAAAGGGUCUGCUGGCCAUCACAAUCAGGCAGUUUGAGUCAUCCAAGGAAUCCCAGCCAUGAAGACGCAGGGAUGGUUUGA